GGCAUGGUCAGCGCACUUGGUGGAUCAGGGCGCCCUGCAAGGCCAAUCACGCGAUAUGGCGGUCAACAGGGGGCAGUCCGGCUUCCGGGGCGCUGCCGCCGGCACAAACGGGGAUAUGCACAGGCCCCCUGAUGGGCCGGUGGGCAUCGACGACGCAGCGCUAGCUUCGCUGAUUGCAAACAAUGAGGACCUUGGACCGGUGGUGCGGUCCGCCUUCGAAAUGAGCAAACCAGAGGGCCUCCUGCAUCAGCUGAAGGGGUUCGUGAAGAAGAAGGAGAGCGAGAUUGAGGAGCUGUGCCGGCUGCAUUACGAGGAGUUCAUUCACGCGGUAGACGAGCUUCGGUACGUGCUGGUCGAUGCGGUGGAGCUGAAAAACGGAUUGAGCGACCAGAAUGCCGAGUUGCAGAAGGUUGGGAGUGCCACGCUGUCGAGGGUAGAUGAGCUUGUGGAGCACCAUGACAUCAGCAAGAACCUGACGGAGGCAAUUGUGGGGCUAAAGAAGUGCAAGGCGGUGGUCGACCUGUGCGUGAAGGUGAACGAGCACAUUGCGAGGGAUCAGUACUACCCUGCGCUCAAAACACUCGACAAUAUCGAGCGGGACUAUCUGCGUAGAGUCCCCGCAAGAGCGCUUAGGGUUUACCUCGAGAAGCAGAUCCCGGCGAGUCGGCUCCACAUUGAGAAGAAGGUCAGCAAGGAGUUCAGCGAUUGGCUGGUGCACAUCCGGGGGAUCUCUCGAGACAUCGGACGGCAGUCCAUUGGACAAGCCGCUUCCGCACGGCAGAGGGAAAAGGACCUGAGGGGCCGGCAGCGGCAGGCGGAGGAACAGACGCGCUCCGGGCACCGCGAGGGGAUCUACAUGCUGGAAGUGGAAGACAUCGAGGAGGACGACUCGCUGCUCAAGUUCGACCUGACCCCCGUCUACCGCGCGCACUACAUCCAUACGUGUCUCGGGCUGCAAGACCAGUUCCGGGACUAUUACUACAGGAACCGGCAGCUGCAGCUCAAUUCCGACCUGCAGUUUCAGCCCGGGCAGUCGUUUCUGGAGGGGUACCAAGGGUACUUUGCGCAGAUCACGGGGUUCUUUGUGGUCGAGGACCGGGUACUUAGGACGGCGGGAGGGUUGGUGUCAAGCGCGCAGGUGGACAAUCUGUGGGAGGGGGCGAUUACCAAGAUGCGCAUGGUCAUGGAGGAACAGUUCUCGAGGAUGACCACCGCCACCACUCUGCUCCUGGUGAAGGACUUUGUGUCUCUGCUGUGCGCCACGCUGCGGCGGUACGGCUACCAGGUCUCCCCGCUGCUCGACGUCCUCGACACAACGCGCGAGAAGUACCACGAGAUGCUGCUGCACGACUGCUCCAAAAAGAUACAGGAUGCGCUGGCCAACGACACGUACCAGAAGAUGGUCAUGCGCAAGGAGUUCGAGUACGACAUGGACGUGGUCGCGUUCAAGCUGCAGUCGUCCGACGCGCCCGUCGCGUUCCCGUACGUCGCGCCCUUCUCCGCGACGGUCCCGCAGUGCUGCCGCGUCGUGCGCAGCUUCAUCGAGGACUCGGUCAGCUUCCUCGCGCACGGCGCGCACAUGGACGUGUAUGACGUCGUCAAGCGGUACCUGGACCGGCUGCUGACGUCGGUGCUCAACGAGGCGCUGCUGCGGGUCAUCCAGACGCCCUCGCUGCAGGUGUCCCAGGCGAUGCAGAUCGCGGCCAACAUGACGGUGCUCGAGCGCGCGUGCGGCUACUUCGCCGAGUUUGCGGCCAAGCUGUGCGGCAUCCCGGCUCGCCUCAUCGAAGGGCCGCAUGGGGGCCUGACGUCACGUUCCGCGCUGCGACGGUCCCAGGCGGUGGCGCACGACCUGAUGAUCAAGCUGCUCAAGAGCAAGAUCGACGAGUUUAUGGCCGGUACGAACCGCAUCGAGUGGCUGCCCGACGAGCCGGCGCGCACGGCCAACGACUACGUGCAGGAGACGCUUCUGUUCCUGGACACCACGCUCGGGGUAGCGGUCGACGUGCUCCCGCUUGACGCCUUCGAAAAGGUCAGCGCGAGCGUGAUGAAGCACAUCUCCGACUGCAUCGUGGCGACUCUCGCGGGCGACGAGGUGAAGCGCUACAACAUCUUCGCGGUUCAGGGCAUCGACGCCGACCUGCGCGUGCUCGAGGCGUUUGCCGACGAGCAGUACCGCUCCAGCGGGCUGGAGCACCUUCCCGGGAGCGCGGGGCUCAAGAGCUGCUUCGCAGAGGCGCGCCAGCUGACGAAUCUACUACUGGGGAAUCAACCGGAGCUGUAUCUCGAGCAGGAGUUGCGAGAAAAGUACUAUCCAGCGCUGGACCCCCGGACAGUAAUCAUUGUGGCGGAAAAGUUCAAGGAGAUGCCCGAGAAGGGGGUCUUCCGCGGCGGAAAGCAGGUUCCCCAGAACGGACUCCGCCGCCAAGAAGAAGGCCCUCGAGACUCUGGCCAAAAAGCUCAAGGAGAUGCUGGCGGAGCAAGAAAAGGCCGACCGAAGGGCCGCUCGGGCCGCAACGGCAGCGGCCGCGGGCCUGCCCCCGGCCAGAUAACACCCGUGCAACCGUGGCUGCCGCUGCUGGGGGAUCCCCCCGUCAAGACGAGCUCCGAAGGAGCUCGCCGUGUCUCGAUGCCCCUAGCUUUUGCAAGCCACGGAAGAACAGCCUAAUACUAUUCUGGCUAGCAGUCGAAUAGUUCAACUGUGCAUACUGUACAAUAGUCCAGCUGGUAAAGGAAGUGGAGAUUGAAAAGCUCGAUAGGUGUCAUGAGUAUGCUUUUGAGUGCUCACAACCUGCAACUUCGACCUUGGUCACAGGCACUCGAAAACGGCCAAGCAUGCCACGCCUGUGCACUGCACACGACUUAACGAGAUGGCGGUCAC